AGACGAGCUUCCGCGCAUCAGCGGGGUCCCCCCCGCGGGUUCCCUCCGGUUCACGAGGCGAGGGAACCCUCGGGAACGUCUCCUGGAGCUGCUCACACGCCAAGUGGCACAGUCAAGGGGAGGCGUGUCCCCCCUGCACACAUUGGUCCGGCCCCCGGGUAGCGCCGCCGUCGCCAUGGCAACCGCGUGUGGCCGCCCCUGGGCCAGCUCAUGGCUGCAUUGUUGUGGGAAAGGAGUGUGUAGUGACCCAGACUGGACUCACAGUAGCAAAAUGGCCUGGUCUCAGGCUCCCCCGCCCCGGCCACAAAGCAAAGCGCGCCCCUUCCCGGUGGUUUGGGGCCGCGGGUGCCGGCGGCCAUCCGGAGCUUGGUCGGGUCCCCGGAGGGACCCGUGGUGGAACCCGCCCUGAGGCUUUGCGAUUCCGCCGAAACUUUCAGGCUGACUGAAUAAAGAACAAGGUUGGAGUGGGAAAAGAGAGGAGACUUUUUGUCUGCCAGUUCACAAAAAAUUGGAAAAUGGAUUUUGUCAAGAGAAUGGACGUCAUCAAUAUCACCGCCUUGCCAAUGAUCCCGUUGGACGAGCGCCUGGUGGUGUCUGCCAAUUCGAGGAAAGUGCUGGAGAAUGCUUUGAGGAAGCAGCUGCAAGACAAUCCACCCACAUGCAUUGUUGGCUCCAUGAGCCAUGUGAACCAGAGGAUUACUGAAAUAGACCUGGACUCCAGCCUGUUGACCAGCACUUCGGCAAUUGAGGAAUAUGAGUUGGAGAAGAAGUCUUUAAAAGAGAAAACUCACGGCAGCCCGGGAGACAAAGUCAAACAACCGAAGGAAGAGCUGCCGAUAACCUGCAAAGGCUCAGAGCUCCGGAAUGCCAAGCUGAUCCUGUCAAAAAGGAAAACAGCAGAUAAGAACCUGCUGGCCGAGCUGCACCAGCACCCCCAGUUUAACGAGACUAGGCCCAACAAGCUUCCCAAUGGCGUGGACUUCUGCGACAUGGUGGGCAAUGUGAUCCGGUCUGAGAAAAAUCCCCUCAGUGGCAAGUCUUACUGUUCAGACAGAGAAUUAGAGAAGUUUCUGUCUUCUCCCUCCUUCAGCGCCAUCUGGCUGGACAGCUUUUGGUGGAUAUUUCAUGAACGGUACCAGCCGAACAAGGAGAUCCAGCACAAGCUGUUUGACCGAAUAGCCCGAAAUUACGCCAUCCUGCUGUUCAAAAUGGUCCGGACUCACUAUGAAGAGGCACUCAUAAAAAGGCUCCCGUCGCUUCUGAGCAAAGCCCUGUACACCAGCUUCUGCUGCUGCUUCCCCCAGUCCUGGUUCAACACCCACGAGUUCAAGUCGGAGAUUUGUAACACGAUGGGCCUGUGGAUCUCAGGGACAUAUCCUUGCCCACAGAGCUAUGACAGUUGGGACUACUCAGAACUGGAUCCAGAGAGGUUCCGGAGAGAAGAAUUGAUGUUACAGAGCAGUCGACUUAUACGGGGAAGAGAGUUCACCCUCUUCACUUGUAUGAGAACCUCCUUCCCAAAGGCGGACCACUACAAAAACAAGAAAUUCCAUACCCUUCUGCGUGCAGAAGGACAUCCCACAUCACUGAAGCAGUCUUCUAGUUUCUCUACAAUCCACGAGAGAGGCUUUUCAAGGAAGCUGACCUCAGAGGAAAGCUCACGAUGCUACCACACGAAAGAUCACCCUGUAACAAUCCUGUUCUCCAGGAAAGCCACACAGCAAGUCAAGAGGAUAUCAGAAGCCAGAGCAUGCAUGAGUUUGUUACUGAAAAAGUCCCACCCUGCCUGCAGUAGCCCCAAGCUGACUGUAAACCAAUUCAACCUCUAUGGGAAGAGCCCGCUAAUCAUGUACUACUUCCUCAACUACUCUAAGCUGCCGCUUAAAGGCCAGGAUUUGCUGAUCAGCCGGAGAGAAAAGACCAAAAUCGUCCCUGACUCUGUCAUGACCUAUGCUGACAUCAUCCACCUGGUCACCAAGAACAUGGAGACUCGGAGGAAGCGGCUCAGGCAGCUGGACCAGCUGCACGAGAAUGAGUGGGCCUAUUUUAACAACUAUCUAACGGAGCUGCAGGAGAACUUUGAGAGGGAGGUGAAGAUUAUCGAUCAAAAAGUAGCAGAAAAAAGAAAGGCCAACCAUAACCACGUCUCUUCCUCACUACUGUUUGAUGACUUGUUUUUCAAGAAAUCCAGAGGAACCCCCCACAAGGAAACAGCUUUUCUCUCAAGGAAGAAAAAGAGGGAGAUCGAAGAGAAACUGAAGGUUUUCCAGUCCCCUUUCUCCUUACGGAGCCCCAUGGACACCUAUUCCCUGGGCCUAAAAAGCCCCUACAGAAUCGGGUCUCCUUCCAGUAGCAGUGAGCUCGUCACCAAGGUUUCCAAAACCACCCAGGACAUGCUCUUUAGACUCUCACCGUCUUCCAUGGAGUGAACCCGCCCUCGCACAGGCUCGGACUACAGAGGUGGUGCCUGUGUCUGUUGUCCAAUGGGAUAGAAAAUGGAGUCAGCAAUGGCAAACGAGAGCACCCCUGCAGCCAGGAACAUGCUGAGUCUUCCCCAGUCCACGGGAUAAAGACAAUUAAAGGUCACAUCUACUACGAGCCAAGCCUGCUGAAGACCAGGAGAGGUGGCUAGAACAAGCAGGGGAAGGAGGAUGGAGAAUUCCACAGCACCAGGGAAACUUAGAGGGUAUGUUCACUGUCCUGACAGUGGUAAGAGGUCUACAGCUUCACACGCCCAUAAUUCGCUUUAAGGGCAUGUAUGCUCUUGUGUUAACUACACCUCAGGCAGUUGUUUAUAAAUGCAUGCGUUAGCUGGGUAUGAUGGUAGAUGCCUGUAAUCCCAGCACCCAGGAGGUGGGAUAGAGAAGAUCAGGAGUGCAAAGCCAGCCUCCACCACAUCCCAAGUUCAAGACCAAGCUGAGCUUUACUAGACCGUGUCUCAAAAUAAACAAAACAUAAAUUAUAAACAUAGCUAUUUCUGAAUUCUGCCCACUGAAAUAAAAUUAGAAAUAAAAACUGACAGCAACCCAGGACACCCUGCCCCAGUGGUAGGUAAGUGUUCUACCAGAGCUGCCCCCACCUCUACCUAGGACUGUGGCUUGAGAUAACGUUCCCACUAAAAGGACUCGUAUGAACACACCAGGCGGGUGUCCAGUGGUUUCCCACACUGAUUCAGAGCACAUAGACUUGAGCCAGCUGUGAGUCUGGGGCAGCGUGUAGAUGGGAGUCACGGCAGACCCUGCCUCACUGUGUCUGUUCCUCAUUACUCCACGAAAAGUACUUGGAGCAGCGCCCAGCUCCAGCAGGGGCUGUGCGUGAUGCUGUCCUGCUCACUGCACACCACGAACAUGUGGCCUCAUGGCCUCUUCCCUUUGCACCUGAGACCUGCUUUCUCUCCUGAACCUCACACUGCAGAAGAACCACUGCCCCUCCCUGAAGAAGCCUGGGUGGGUCUGUCUCCCACCCUGUAAGGCAGGCCAGCCCUCAACCAUCUUCCUGCUCAAUGCAAGGCUUACACCAUUAAGGUCUUCCCAGGGACAGCUGUACUUGGGUCCCAGUGGCCCGCCUGAUCUUCAUAUGGCUCUAUGUCUCCAGUUCCCUGCAGGACUCUGCUUCUUUAGGGCAGAUGUCUGUCUUUAUCUCUGUAUCCAGCAGAGAGCUGAACUGAGAAGUGUCUGAUGAGUGCUGACGCUGUCCAUGGUCACAGGUAAGGCUCUGAUAUCUGUGUGGGAAGGUUAGGUUUGCACCUUGGGAAAUGUGAACAAAUGAGAAGUUCAAAACAGAUGUGUCACUUACAUGUAUAUAUUGAAUAUAUCAUAUGUCUACAUUAAAACAUUUCCAUAGAAUUCAUUCACUCAUGUAUGUUAAAAUGUACGUGACACACAGUUAUUUAGGGCUUGCUCAUCUAUUAUUUAUAUUGCGUUAGCUCUUAGCACAUAUCCUAAGUUUACUUACAUGUUUUUGGUUUACAUUUUUUUUAAUUUGUUUGCAGCACUUGCUGUGGACCCUGCCUCUGCUAAGCAGGGACUUGACCAGUAAACCACUCCUUCAGGUUUCAGGGUCUUGCUACAUUUUCUGGGCCACCCUUGAGCCUUAGCCACUGGGCCCAGCUGCCUCUGCAUGGUUUGGGGGUGGAGGGUGGGAGGCAUGAUCAUGGAAGAAGUUAAACCAAAGGAGUGGGGAUAUGUCUGCACCCCGAUGUCUGCAUUCCUGUCCAUCCUGCCCCCGUUUGUAUUAUUUGUCUGAAGUGUGUCAUCCCUGCUGGGGGCUGCUGGCCCUCCCAGAGCCGUGAAACAAGACUUCUUUUCUGGUAAUGGGAGUUGGUACAAACAUUUCCAGGAGCCUAAGAUUCUUUUCAAAGUCCCUGGAACUAUCUGUGCCUGCCCCAUAAGCCAGCCACACUUCUGGAAAUCUACCCUAAGGAAAACUCAGAAAAGAAGGCAUACAGGAGAUGUUUUGUUUGUCAUCUCUGGUAAGAGGAGACACUUGUUAAUAUCGGACAUUCCAUGGAAUUCUGCGUGGCCAUUUAAAAGCUAACCCUAGGGGUGUGGCCGAGUGGCAGGGUACUUGUUGAGUAUGUCUGUUUCGGUUCUGUUAAUGUUUUCAAUAAAGAUCAAUUGUUUUUA